AUGAGUUCUGAAUCAGAAACUGAAAAAAAUGAACAAUUGAACCCAACUCAAGAUCCAGACAUGGAUGGUGGAUACGGCUGGAUCAUAGUCUUCUCUGCAUUUUUACUUACAUUUUCUACAUGGGGGCUAAACUCGGCAUAUGCAGUCUACUUUGCAUAUUACCUUAAUUCAGAUCAUUUUGCAGGAGCCACAGUUUUAGAUUAUGCAGCAGUUGGUGGUAUUUCUGUGGGUGUGGGGAUGAUGUUUGCUCCUCUUGUAAAUUAUUUGCAAGGAUUAAUAGGUACCCGUCAAAUUAUGUUGUUAGGAAAUUGUUUCCAAUUUGCUGCCGCAAUAUUAGCUAGCUUCUCGGUAAAUAUUUGGCAACUCUAUUUAACUCAAGGGUUAUUACAGUCAAUUGGGUUGGCCCUCAUUAGUUUACCAGCAAUGACCCUUGUAAGUCAAUGGUUUGUUAAAAGAAGAGUCUUGGCCAACCUGUUAUCAGUAACUGGGAGUGGAGUAGGAGGCGUUGUAUUUAAUUUAGGACUCCAAAGAAUAAUAGAAGUGAAAAAUGUAAAUUGGGCAUUAAGGGCUCAGGGUAUCAUUAGUGCAGUACUAGUUCUUGUUGCCAUUUUGUUAGUCAAGACGAGAACUGAACAUCAUAAAGUUGAAUUUACAUUAUAUGAUGUUGAAGUAUUAUCAUGUACAGCAUUCUGGUUGUUUAUACUAUAUUUGGUUACAUGUAUGCUUGGAUAUGUAAUUGUGUUGUAUAGUUUGGCAGAUUUUACAACUUCAUUAGGUUAUUCCAGCUAUCAAGGAUCAAUCGUGGCAGCUAUGGUUCAAGUGGGUUUUUGCGUUGGAAGACCACUUGCGGGGUUUUUAGCUGAUUAUGUUGGCCCAUAUACAGUGACGACUGUGGCUUACUAUUUUGCAGCCAUCUUUUCAUUAGCAAUGUGGGUUCCAACCAAAAAUUAUGCUACUGCUAUUGCACUUGCCCUAUUAGAAGGGAUCUUCCUUGGUACAGUAUUCCCUACCUGUGCCUCGAUGAUUGCAAGGAUGGUUGGGAUGGCAAAAUUAAAUGUGACUUUUUGUAUGCUGUGGAUUGCAUUCGGACUUGCAGGUUUAUUCUCUCAAUUAAUUGGAUCAGCCCUAACUUCAGGAACUGGUAGUUCUCAGUACAAGGAUACUGCCAUUUUUGCAGGGGUAUGUUUUUUUGCAUGUGCUACUACUGCUCUUCUUUUAAGGGGCUAUAUUAUCUCAAGGGAUCAUAUACUUACUCAAAAUUUCAACCCAGACCUUCAUAUGAUACAAGUUAGAGUACCUCCAUUAGAUGUAUUUAAAAAUUGUUUGACGUGGCCAAAGAUGAGAGCUUAA